GAACGCACAUACCCGCCUAAAUAAUCGGUGAGAAAUUGCGAAGACCCAACGCAACACUUCGAAGUUCGAAGAUCGAACACCAUGUUCUCAAUUGCAGCUAUCAACGAUACAGAUUCCAAAGACCAGUGGGAACCCCUUGCCCCUACGAAAGAAGCGCAGGAAUUUCGCCUUUCACAAAUCUAUCAAGAAGGACUAUUGAAGUUACAAGCAAAGGAUUACGAAAAGGCUCGUGAACUUUUAGAAAGUGUGUUAAAAGAUCAUCUUCUUCCAAAUGGCCAGGUCGAUAAUAGUGGUAGUGAUGGCCAUCUAUUGCAACUGAGAUUUUUAACACUGAAAAAUCUUGCCACUGUGUUUCUUCAACAAGGUUCUACCCAUUAUGAGAGCGCUCUACACUGCUAUCUUCAAGCUGUAGAUAUUGAUUCCAAAGAUUCUGUUGUGUGGAACCAGCUGGGGACAUUGGCAUGCUCAAUGGGCUUGUUGAGCAUUUCUCGUUGGGCAUUUGAGCAAGGGCUUUUAUGUAGCCCCAACAACUGGAAUUGCAUGGAGAAACUGUUGGAAGUUCUUAUUGCUAUUGGGGAUGAGGUUGCCUGUCUUUCAGUUGCCGAGAUAAUUCUAAGGCAUUGGCCUUCGCAUUCUCGUGCCAUACAUGUCAAACAUGUCAUUGUAGAGUCUGAACCAACUCCCUUCGCUCCGAGAGGUAUAGACAAAUUGGAACCACAGCAUGUCCGACUGAAAUUUUUGGACAAAAGAAAAGCAACAAAUCAUGACCUAGAUGACAAUGGUGCAACUAAAAGGUCAAAUCAGAAUAUAAUCUUGCAUCUCCCAGAAGCAUCUUGGACAGCACUGGCUGGUGAGCUCUUAGGAAUCUUGACUCCAUUGAAUGAAUGUGAUCCUAAAACAGGGGCUUAUGAAUUGCAUAGAUCUGCAGACAUUAGAUUAAUCAUACAUCUGCCUUGUAGUUCAGAUAAUGUUUCUAGGGAAAGGAAAAUAUCUUACAACCCAAGCAAGGAUAAUGAGGCUGUUGAGCAUGCUAGCACAGAGACUAGUUUGAAUGAAGAACCACACCAAGAAAGACGAAGCAGUCGUCUUGAAAGACUUAGGAGUCGCAAACCUGAUAAGGAAGAACCAGAUUUUACAGUCACUAAGGAUCUAGUCAAACUUGUUCCUCAAUUUCUGAAACCAUUUAUAAUGGUUGAAUCAGGAACUACAAAUUGCAGUAUGGAUGCUGCUGCUUCUUUUCGUUGCUCUGAGGUUAUGACCAAUACCCAAAAUGUUGAGUCCAUUGACGUUGCUAGGUUUGUGUAUGAAACAUCAAAAAAUUAUGGUGCAUGUCAUAUAGGUCACUUGCUUUUAGAAGAGAUUGCAUGUAAAGGCAUUCCAUAUCAGGAUUCGUUUGCAAAGUUUUUAGAGUUGGAACAACUGACAAGGAAUUCAGGAGAGAACAGGACCCCUGAAUGCAGUAUUUUUCUUGCUGAGCUGUCUUAUGACUUCGGGAUAAGAUCAUCAGACCCAUCAACAAGGACUGAUUUCAUGUCAAGAGCAUCUUAUCAUCUUUGUAAACUUAUUGAAUCUGUAGCUUUAGAUUAUCCAUUUGAUUGUAGUGGUGGAAUACCCGAGAAUAGUAUCUGCCCUACAACGGAUGGCUUUUCAAUGGGUUCUCUGUUGGACAAUAAACGAGCCCUUUGGGUGCGCUUUUACUGGCUAAGUGGGAAAUUGUCGGUUUUCAAUGAUAACAAGGAAAAAGCUCAGAAAGAAUUUGGUGUUGCAUCAGCACUACUUACGGCCAAGGAAAAGGAAAGCAACCCUCUUGUUUCCAUCAGCCUACCACACUUGAAAGUAAUGAAUGAGCUGACUGCUGAUUGGGUUCUGCAUGAACUUAACCUAUUAGAGGUUGAUUUUUUGAUGAAAAAUAGUGUAAGUGACAUGAUUGAAAAAGGCUUGUACUUGGAAUGCAUUGUCUUGCUUGCUCCUCUUCUGUUUUGCAUGAAAGAUGAUCAUGUUGCUGUUUCAGCUUUUCUUAAUAAGGAUGAUGAAGGGGUUGCUUCAGCUGAACUAUCUGCACUGAAUGUUCUAAUCAAAGCAUGUGAAAGAUCAAAACAAAUGGAUGCCAUUGUUUAUUUAAGAUGCCACAGACAGAAGCUGCGACUUCUCAUGUCUGCAACUGGUGUGGAAGAGUGUUUUGGUUCCCAGAAACCGUCCAAUUUCUCCAAGCCCAAGGUACUAGCAGCUUCUGAAACUGAACUAACUGAAAACUCGAGCACAGUCUUGCAUCCUCUUUUAUCUGAAGAAGUGAAGGCAAUUUCUCAAUGUACCAUGGAGAUGAGGAACUCCAUCAGUCCUUGUGUAAGUAUUAAUGGCUCUGUUGUUCCUAUGAGAAUCAUUGGUGAUAUUCAAUCUUUCCUGCUAGCAGUUAUGUGUCAUAUAGCAAGCAUAUGCUUCUCUAGGAAAUCGUUAGGAGCGGAUGAUCUGGAUGAUAAAGAAAGCAAGCAAAAAUGCUGUUUUGUAGACGCUGCCAUUGCAUUUUUCAGGCUUCAACAUCUGAAUCCGAAUGUUCCUGUCAAAACUCAAAUUGAGUUGAUAAUUGCAAUCCAUGAGAUGCUUGCUGAGUAUGGCCUCUGCUGUGCCAGUGGUGAUGGAGAAGAAGAUGGGACGUUUCUAAAACUUGCAAUAAAGCAUCUUUUGUAUCUAGACAUGAAGCUUAAGUCAACCUCUAUAAACAAGGGUUCAGAACCAACUCAGUGUGAUGAACAAGUUCCGCAAGAAGGCUAUAAUAAGAUAUCUGGGAACGAUUCAAAUGAACCAGAAUUCGAUAAACUCAAUCUGGAAGUGGGUCCAAGUGAUAUGGGUAAGACCAGAGCUACAGAUGCAGAUGCCACUAGAAGUGUGAUUAACAAUGGUAAUUCAUCUACUAAAGACACAGGGAAAGAAAAAGCAGCUGUAGAGUGUGGUGAAUUCGCAGGUCAUAGUUCCAAUGGCAUGUUCCAUAAAGGAGAAGAGGCAAGCAGUCAGUUACUAGAAUCUGGAAAACAACUAACUGAAGAGGAAAAAGAGGAUCUUGAGAUUGAAAUAGACACUGCUCUAGAUCAAUGCUUUUUUUGUUUGUAUGGUUUGCAUCUUAGAUCUGAUUCAUCGUAUGAAGAUGAUCUAGCCAUGCACAAAAAUACAAGCCGUGGAAAUUAUCAAACAAAAGAACAAUGUGCGGAUGUUUUCCAGUAUAUUCUGCCGUAUGCUAAGGCUUCAUCUUUAUACAGGGCUUCACAUUUUAAUGGUUUAUUGGAUUCAUAUCUUCAGAGAACUGGAUUGGUUAAACUGCGAAGAGUAUUAAGAGCCAUACGCAAGCAUUUUCCUCAACCACCUGACAGUGCGUUGGAUGGAAAUGCAAUAGAAAAAUUCUUAGAUGAUCCAGAUUUAUGUGAAGAUAAACUGUCAGAAGAGGCUGGAUCUGAUGGAUUUCGGGAUGCCAUCAUGAACAUUAUAUAUCAAGAUGGUUCAAUUCCUAAGCGACAACCAGCAACUAUAGAGAGCUCUGAACCAUAUAUGGAUGUAUAUCGCAACUUGUAUUAUCUCCUCGCACAGUCGGAGGAAAUGAGUGCAACUGAUAAAUGGGCUGGAUUUGUGCUCACUAAGGAAGGCGAAGAGUUUGUACAACAAACUGCGAAGCUCUUUAAAUAUGAUUUACUGUUUAACCCACUGCGAUUUGAGAGCUGGCAACGACUUGCUACUAUUUAUGAUGAGGAAGUGGACUUGUUGCUGAAUGAUGGCAGUAAGCAAAUAAAUGUUACCGGCUGGAGGAAGAAUGCAACUUUUGCUCAGAGAGUUGAUACAAGUCGAAGGAGGAGUAGACGUUGUUUGUUAAUGACCUUGGCUCUAGCAAAAACAGCGAUUCAGCAGGGAGAGAUACAUGAUCUAUUGGCACUGGUGUAUUAUGAUGGUCUUCAGAAUGUGGUACCAAUUUAUGAUCAGAGAUUGAAUUUGCCAGUAAAAGAUGCUGAAUGGAGAAUGUUCUGUCAGAACUCUAUGAAGCAUUUUGAGAAGGCCUUCACUCAAAAGGAAGACUGGUCUUAUGUAUAUUACUUGGGGAAACUUAGCGAAAAGCUUAGAUACUCACGCGAGACAUCAUUUGCAUACUAUGACAAGGCUAUUUCUUUAAAUCCUUCGGCGGUAGAUCCAUUCUAUAGAAUGCAUGCUUCACGAUUGAAGUUACUCUGGUCAUGUGGGAAAAAUGCUAAGGAAGCCUUAAAGAUUGCUGCCAUGUAUUCGUUUAGUCAAUCAAUGAAGGAGACUGUUAUGACUAUUCUUGAUAAAAUCGAUCCUGAAAAUUCUUCGUGUAUAGAUGCUGACAACCUGAACACUGGAACAGACUCUGAGAAUGUAAACCCCUCACAUUGUAAUUUAGGAGAGAUGUGGAACAUGCUUUACAGUGAUUGCCUUUCUGCGCUUCAAAUUUGCGUGGAAGGAGACCUUAAACAUUUUCACAAAGCUCGAUAUAUGCUUGCUCAAGGGCUAUACAGAAAGGGUGAGAGUGGGGAUUUAGAAAAGGCAAAGGAUGAACUUUCAUUUUGCUUCAAGUCAUCCCGCUCUUCUUUUACGAUCAACAUGUGGGAGAUCGAUAGUAUGGUAAAAAAGGGAAGGCGCAGAACACCUGGCAUGGUUGGGAAUAGGAGACCGCUUGAAGUUAACUUAGCAGAAAGUUCUCGUAAAUUUAUAACUUGCAUUAGGAAGUAUAUUUUGUUCUACAUGGUACUCUUGGAAGAGACGGGGGAUAUAUCAACCCUUGAACGAGCUUAUAUUUCUAUCCGGGCAGAUAAAAGGUUUUCAUUGUGCCUUGAAGAUCUUGUUCCUAUAGCUCUUGGGAGGUACGUCAAGGCCUUGGUAUCCUCCAUUAAUCAAAUUGAGAUCGGCAAAAGCUCUGAUAACAUUGCUUUGGAGCAUCUUCUAGAGAAAAUUUUCUCUUUGUACAUGGAGCAGAUGAAUUUGUGGUCGGAUAUUUGCAAUUUGCCCGAGAUCAAAUGCCCAGAAAUCUCUGAAAGCAGCUUAUUUGGAUAUCUCUUCAAAUACAUCCAAAUACUAGAGACAAACUGCAGGUUAGAAGCACUCGAGGGGAUAAACGAGAAGAUGAGAAAACGCUUGAAAAACCCAAAGUUAUCAAAUAGCAACUGUGCUAAAGUUCAUAAGCAUGUUUGUAUGGCUUGGUGCCGAUGUCUAGUGAUUAGCUUGGCAUCAGUAACACCACUAAAUUCCAGAUUUUCAACAGAUUCCGAAGUCCUUACUUUGCUAGAUGUAAACAACCAAAUGCUCUGUAUCGAUCUGCGUACAGAUGAAUUUUGGCAAUCUACAUUCGAGGAUGUAAACUAUCUGAAAGUUCUGGAAAUGAAAUGGAAUGGUUUGUUGUCAAAGAUGAAGGAUGUUGUAAUUAAGAGACCUUCAGAAGAAAAUUUGGAAGCUGCCACUAUGUUGCUUAGAUCCUCUUAUAAUUUCUAUAGGGAUUCCUCUUGUGCAUUGCCCGCACCUUGCCUAAAUCUCUAUUCGGUGCCAUUAACAGAAGGGAAUGUUCAGUCAAAUGUGCAUGCAGUAGACACUCUAGAAAUGAAUACAACAAAGAAGCUUCUCUUGUGGGCAUACGCUCUGUUACAUGGACGUUGCAUCACAAACGUAUCAGUGAUCAUAAAGUACUGUGAAGAGACUCUAAAGUCGAAGAUGAAGAAGGGCGGUGGAGGUUCAUCUACACCUACACCUACAACUCCCGCCAUGCACUCUGUUGUUGCUUGUCAAACAGGUGUAGGCAAGGAUGUGGUUGGCAUUUCCGGUGGAAGAGAUACUGCAAUAAGUGUGGACCCUACGUUAACCGGAACUAGAAAUCUAGAAAUCAUGUCCUCUAAACCUGAUAUAGGAACUAAUUGUGAUGAUGGGUCUGCUUCUUUGCAAGAAGCAGAGAAUGAGGGCGAAAGCCGCAAAAUGAUAUCAGCAAUCCCGCUUUUGCUUCCUUGUAAGAAUGCCGAUACCACCAUGACCGGCGAUAAGGAUGAUAAGCCACAAGCAGCAGAAGCAGAUAGUGAGAAAAGUUGACGACACAGGAAACAACGAGAAUUGUUUGGGUUGCAUUGUUUGUAUCAAAGUGAUUGUUGUAUGAGAGUUUGUUAUUUUUAUAAAGUAAGAAGGAAGAAGUAAUGUAUAUAAGAUUUUAGAGUAAACUAUGUUUUUUUUUGUCCGUGUGUUGACAAUUGCUAUUUUUGUCCU